UGGAAAGCGACGAAUUCAAAAGAAUGUAAUAAUGUAUGAAAUGAAGAAGGGGAAGAAGGGAAAGGUCCAUUCAACAUUAUUGUCAUUCAGAGAAGAGAAGAGGUUUUGCAUCGCAUCGCACAGAGAUGAAUUCAAUUACAAGAAGCGGAUCGCUUAGUAUCAUCCUCGUUGUUUUCUUCUCUUUGCACUUCAUUCUUGGUUUUUCCGACGACUCAUCACCUGCUUCAAAAGAUGCUACAAAGACAGAACCUCAUGCCGGAAGAAGCACUAGUGCUAUAGUUAUCAUUGUAUUAAUUGUGCUUGUGUUCUUUUCUUUGUUCUCCUUUGUACUUUUUAAGCUGUGGCGGAAGAAGAAAAGGGAGGAGCAAUAUGCUCGUCUUUUGAAAUUAUUUGAAGAGGAUGAUGAGUUAGAGCUUGAGCUUGGCCUAAGGGACUGAGACUCACCUUUGGAAUUCAACAUCUUCAAGGUUCCUUCCUAUUCCAUCUUCCUUUGAUCACUUAUUGAAAUCUGUCAACCUUCCUAUUUACAUGCCGAGUUUUUUAAUGCUCCUGCUGCUGCUGUCCAUAUACUACCUUUCAAUAAAGAAUUUAAACUUUAGGUGUAAUCCCUUGUGGGCUUUUGGUGUUAUACUCCAAUCAAAAUUCGAGUUUCACUUUGGUAAUUGGCAACCUUUAUUAUGUGAGUUACGGAGCCAAAAUUUUGAUUGGAGAACAGUAUUAAAAGAAUGUGAGGUAAUGUACCUACGUUUUGCCUUUUUGUUAUGAACAAAACUUAGCUGCAA